AUUGAAAAGAGCAUUAUUUAAGGAACUAUCAUUUUCUUGUUUGGUUUCAAAAUCAUAGGAUUUGUAAGUAUAGCACAAUAUGUCGAUAGUGGAAGUUCCAGUGAUAGACAUUAGCUCUCAGAGCUUGACCGAAUCCGCUGCAUCUUCUCUACUUAGAGCGUGCAACGAAUUCGGAUUCUUCUUCAUUAGAAACCAUGGUCUUUCAAAGGAGCUCUACCAAAAACUCAUAUCUGGCGCCGACCAACUUUUUUCUUCACCAGAGGAGACCAAACAAAAACUGACAAUAGGAGCUUCCUCGUACAUCCCGAGAUUUGUGCUAUCGCCUUUCUUCGAAAGCUUCAAGGUUUCGGGGCCCAACUUCUCAGCCUCUGCUAAUGCGCAGGGUUUCACUCAAUCUUUAUUCGGCCACCAAGCCACUGAAUUCAGCAAUCUUCUAGAUGAAUAUGGAAGCAAAAUGAAAGAAGUAUCGAAAAGAGUAGUAAAGUUAUUACUAAACAUCUUGGGAGAUAAUAUUGAAAACAAAUUCUAUGAUUCCGAGUUCAGCAACUGCAAUGCCUACAUAAGAAUAAACGGCUUCACUCCUCGAGGCAUGAAUGAAGAAGAAGAAGAACUCGAAGUGUUCAAGAAGCACACUGACCUUAGCUAUGUGACGAUAGUGUUCCAAAAUGACAUUAGAGGGCUACAAAUGAGAUUGAAAGGAGGAGACUGGAUGGACGUAAGGCCGAGUGAGGACAAUAACCUUGUGGUGAACAUUGGGGAUUUUAUGGAGGCUUGGAGCAAUGGGAGGCUAAGAUCUGCCGUACAUAGAGUUGUGUUAAGGAAAAAUAAUAUGAAGAGAUUCUCUAUGGCUUUCUUUUUGACACCCAAGGAUGAUGAUAAAGAAAUAUAUGCGCCGAGUGAGAUUGUUGGAGAAGGAAAAUCAAGACUUUAUCGCCCAUUUUCAACCCAACAAUAUAGGCUUUUUAAGGAAAAGAAUGAUGUGAAUGCUGGAUACCAAUUAAAGGAUUUUAUUAGAACAUAAAUCAUUAGAUAAAUCAUCGACGUUUAAAAUAGUAAUACCUAUUGAAAUAUGUACUAGAUCAUUUGGCUCGUAAUGCCAUCUAUAUGAUAAAUUACUUCAAUACUUCAAGCUCGUACU